AUGUACAGAAUGGAAUCAAAUGGACAUGAUCUCAAAAAAGUGUCCCCAAAUGGAGAGGCAUGUGCUUACACCCCGACGACGGUUCUCAAUGUUGAUACCGAGUCGCGGGCGUGGAAAGUAGUGAACACCGUUCGUCAGGGACUUUCCUUUCCGUUCCAAGAAGCACAACAAAUCAGGGCCAACGCAAUGGUGGAAUCUCGACACUCUCCUGGAAAAGAGAGCAUGCCGAGCUUAGACACGAGACAAACCCAAGGGACUCCAGAGCGCCAAAACAGAAUGAGCAGCGUCACACGCUGUGUAUGUACAAAGUAUGCCAGCCACAUGCAAAGAAGAGGUCUAUCAUGA